UGCUUGCCACCCACAUAAAGAGAACACUCACUAGAGGGAUGAGAUCAGAGAUCUAUGGCGGCGCUGGGUGCCUCUCUCCUGGGAACUGUGCUGUGCCUGAGUACCUUCCUUUGUUUGGGGGCCACAAAAAUAGGUGUAAUCCCACCAACCCCUGAGGAUGUUUAUUUUGAUCUGCAGUUUUACUCUCAUACCUUACUGUGGUCCCCUGGAAAUCCUGCUGCAGAGGGGAUCCUUUAUGAAGUGCAAUAUUUAAGAUAUGGUACAAAAUUAUGGAAAGACGUGCCCCACUGUUUCCUCACCCACCAUCUUUCAUGCGACCUGACAGAGGAGACUCUGCUCUUGGGUAUGGGAUAUUAUGGAAGAGUCCGUAGCAUUCUCGGAAACCAGACUUCAGAUUGGGCACGGACCCUAAGAUACAGAAUCCAAGAAGUCACUCUGCCUGCGCCCUCAUUCUUGCUCCAUGUGGAUGGCAGUUCUCUCAUGGUUGAUGUCAGUCUCCCCGAGGCCCAGGCUGGUAACCUCUCACUGCAUUAUACGGACUUGUUCCGACAUAACAGAAAGUACAUUGUUCAUUUGCGCAGAACUGCAGAUAACCUUACGAUUAUAGAGGAAAAGAACACAACAAUGUUCCAUAUACGUAGCCUGAUCACAGGAAGGGAGUACUGUGUAGCAAUGCAAUUCAAAAUCACCUCUAGACUGAACAAUGGUAUUCUUUCUCCUGAGACAUGUGUCUAUCUGCCAGAAGAAGAGUUGGAUAAGAGUGCACUGCUGGUGGUGGCUACCGCUAUACUUGUCUUUGUAACUAUUCUAAUAUUUGUCAACAUCAUUAUCUGUUUGUAUGUUCGGGGAGCAAUGAAUACCCCAAAAGCCCUGAAGUCUCUUAUUAAGCGAAGUUGGUCCUGGAUGGAGAAACCACCAACACAGAUUUCCAAUUGUACUGACUGCUUAAGAUGGGAAGAUGAAUUUAUCGAUCACCUCAUGAUGGAGCCUAGGAAUUCUCCUUUGCGUAGCAGUGGAGACAGUGGUUUUGGAAGCCAGAUACUUACUAUGAAGAAUUCACAACUUCAAUCAACAUCUUUGGUUCUCAGUAUAGAUGAUAGUGGUGUUGAAUUGCCAGAAUCAGACUCUGACUGUAAAAAGGCCCCUCUAAAAGGAGAUCCCACUUUCAAAAUGCAGGUUCCAAAAAUUCAGGGUGAGGACAGUGGGAUCAGUUUAUCCACAGGCUCCCCAUGUCUUAAACGUAGCUGCAGCGUUCAAGAGGUCUCUUACAGAGAGAAUAUAAAUGAUAUCAGAGAUGAUAAAAAUAUCAGUGAUUCAAGGUUAGGAUACCUAAGGCAAUCUGAACCCAAGAAAAAUCAAAAUAACUCUGAAAGGGAAGACCCAGAAAUAACACACACAAAAGACUACCUUAAACAGGAAAAGCAGGUGCUGCACAGUAACAAUGGCAUUCCCAUAGACAACAAUAGCCCCCAAGGACAAAAGGAGUUCUUGCAAGGAUCCUGGACUAAUAUGAAAGAAGGAUUUCACUCUUCACUUCCAUUUACUGCAGCAUUUAGCCCAUUCAGUCGGGUUCUCUGUGAUUUUCGGGUCAAUAUCCCCUCCCUAGGGGAUGUUCAGCUGUUGGACAUCAUAUCCUAAUAUUUAAGGGUAUAGGGGUCCUAUUUGAGGUACAACCUCGAUUGGACUGACCAGUCUAUAAGAUUCUCCUAAAUUGGUGUUUGUAAUUAAACCACUAUGACAUGUAGGUACACAAAAAGCACAAUGCACCAAAGAGCACACAAAGUACACAUGCAGUAUAUCUAAAGAGCAAUGGACUAAUGGGAAUUAGCAGGAAUAUUGAAUGAAGAAAAGCAACACUUGCCAGCAUCUCCUCAAAUACAUCUUUUACUAUAUGCUGACUUUUUUUUACCACAUUAAGAAUAAGCUGCACUUUAAUUAUCUUGAAUUUAGCCCAUUUUCUUGGAAGUCAGUAAAGAUUUGGAUUUCCUUGGUCAGGGUCCAAGUGUUCAUGUAUAUCACCUUGAGCUAUAUACUGUGCACUUUGCACAAUAAUUUUGCACACUAGACAAUAAUAUUUAUUUGUACAUAUUCUGAUAUAUUUAUAUUUUUAUAAAGUAUAUUUUCACUUUUGUUUGAGUUUUUUUUAAGCAGAUUGGAGCACAAUAUAAAACAGAAAUAUAGUACCACAUAAAGUUUCAUUCUAUAAAUAAAUGGUAAAAAAAAAGCUAUGUCUGUGUUUAUGAGGUUUUAUGGUAAGCUCAGACCAGUAAAAUUCUACAAGCCCUUUAGGAUUUUCCUGAAAUAUGCCAAAAUUCUGGUCUCAUUCAGUGACUGUGUUUAAAAAAAAACCUUAUUGUUAUUUAGAUCCAACAAGUGUCCCUGUUUAGUUUGUAUUUAGUGCUGUACCUACAGAUUUUAAGAUGUGUAGUGUUGCUGUACAAUGAAGGCCACACAAUAGCCCUGUGGAUCAAUACAAACUAAAAGGGUAUCUCUUGUACAAAGGCUAUUGUCCUCCGUAAAUAACUAAUUAAGUCAUAUUUACCAAACAUUUUCACUUUUUGAAAAAUACCCUUAAAAAUCAGAGAGCUGUGGAGUUCCCGUCUUGUGAAGUGCAGUAAACUCUGUUAAUACUGUUUGAUAAAUAUGUCCCAUUUUCACUUAGUAUUUUUUAAUGUAAUACUUAUCAGCUGUGUCCUUAUAGCGUUGAAAGCAAGCACCUGUCAGAUAUAGACCAAUGGGAAUAAUUGAUGUGUAAGUCUGCUUCAGAAAUAAGUAAUGAUAGUAAUGAUGUGGUCUUACUACAUGACAAAGGGUCGUGACCCCGAAACGUUGCUCACUUCCGCAUUAAACGUGCAAGGGGUUCCUUGCUUGCAGCA